CUCUGUUUUAUCCACUGCUCUGGUUCAGACCAGAGAAACUCCCGUUACAUUGAAGAUUGAAACAUUUUGGAAGAAUGGAGAAGGAGAAAGACCAGGACCAGGACCAGGACCAGGACCAGGACCAGGACCAGCAGGACCAGGACCAGGUUUCCAGAGGAGAGUUAGGAGGAUUCAACUCCGUGAGGCAAAGCUCCAAUCUUGUUGCAGCGGUCUCAGGACCUGAGGCCCGUAACACUGACACCAAGAAUCAUAAAGUCAAAGGAAGACUCAAAAGAUACUGCUGUGACCAGUGCAAGGAAGUCUUUAUUACUUCAUCAAACCUGAAGAUCCAUAAGAAAACUCACACUGGAGAUAAACCGUACAGCUGUGAUAAGUGUGGGGCGGCUUUUGCCCGGCAAGGUGAUUUGACGACUCACCAACGUAUUCACUCUGGAGACAAGCCUUACAGCUGUGAUCAGUGUGGAGCGGCUUUUACCCACAAAGGUACUCUAACGAGUCACCGACGUAUUCACACUGGAGACAAGCCUUACAGCUGUGAUCAGUGUGGGGCGGCUUUUGCCCGGCAAAGUCAACUAACGAGACACCAACGUAUUCACUCUGGAGAGAAGCCUUACAGGUGUGAUCCGUGUGGAGUUGCUUUUGCCCAGCAAGGUGCUCUAGCGAGACAUCUACGUAUUCACACUGGAGACAAGCCUUACAGGUGUGAUCAGUGUGGAAAGGCUUUUGCCCUGCAAGGUGUGCUAACGACACAUCAACGUAUUCACACUGGGGAAAAGCCUUACAGAUGCGAUCAGUGUGGAGCGGCUUUUGCCCGGCAAGUUCAUUUGAAGACUCACCAACAUAUUCACACUGGGGAAAAGCCUUACAGGUGUGAUCAGUGUGGGGCAGCUUUUGCCCGGCAAGAUCAUUUGACGAGACAUCAACGUAUUCACACUGGGGAAAAGCCUUACAGAUGCGAUCAGUGUGGAGCGGCUUUUUCCCAGCAAAGUGGUCUAAUUAGUCACCAACAUAUUCACACUGGAGACAAGCCUUACAGAUGCGAUCAGUGUGGAGUGGCUUUUGCCCGGAAAGGUGAUUUGACAACUCACAAACGUAUUCACACUGGGGAAAAGCCUUACAGAUGCGAUCAGUGUGGAGCGGCUUUUGCCGACCAAGGUGCUCUAACGAGACAUCAACGUAUUCACACUGGGGAAAAGCCUUACAGAUGCGAUCAGUGUGGAGCGGCUUUUGCCGACCAAGGUGCUCUAAUGAGACAUCGACGUAUUCACACUGGAGACAAGCCGUACAGAUGCGAUCAGUGUGGAGCGGCUUUUGCCGACCAAGGUGCUCUAACGAGACAUCAACGUAUUCACACUGGAGACAAGCCUUACAGGUGUGAUCAGUGUGAGGCGGCUUUUGCCCGGCAAGAUGCUCUAACGAGUCACCAACGUAUUCACACUGGAGACAAGCCUUACAGAUGUGAUCAGUGUGAGGCGGCUUUUGCCCGGCAAGAUCAAUUUACGAAACAUCAACGUAUUCACAUUGGAGACAAGUCUUACAGAUGCGAUUAUUGUGGAAAGGCUUUUGCCGAGCAAGGUAAUUUGACGAGUCACCAACGUAUUCACACUGGAGACAAGUCUUACAGAUGCGAUCAUUGUGGAAAGGCUUUUGCCCAGCAAAGUACUCUAACGAGUCAUCAACGUGUUCACACUGGAGACAAGCCCUACAAAUGCGAUCAGUGUGGAGCGGCUUUUGCCCUGCAAGGUCAUUUGACGAGACAUAAACGGAUUCACACUGAAUAAAAAGUGUACAUUUGUGAUCAGUGCUAAAAUCAUUUAUUUCGAGAGUUCAGUUAAAAGGCACCAAUUUAGUUUAGUUAAUUUAGUUUGAAAGAAAUAAUUCUGGUGGUUCGAUUGUGGGAAGGAUUUUGAAUAUUUUUUUAAAAAAGCAGCAUAUUCUUACAGCUGUAGGAGCUGUUCAGUUAUAACCAGAUUUGGAAAAUUAAGUACAAGAAUUCAAUUCAAAAGUCUUUAUUUUGAAUAUGAUGGUGGUGUAAGUAACAGACAUGCUCGAACAUACUUGAACAAUGAAUGCAAGAGACUUUUUUUUUUGAAGCAGCAGCUUGUUAUUGGAUGUUGAGAGGCGGAAUAUGUUUGGUGUCCUGGAAUGCCCUUAAUUCAACUUUUCAUAUUAAUUAUGCUCAUGUAUCAUGCUUGUUUAUUAAUUAUGCUCAUGUAUUAUGCUUGUUUUUGAAUUAGGACAUUUCCAGGCCAAGAGGUGGAAUGAUGGAAGAAAAAACAAGUUUUGUGUCCUGAAAUGUCCUUAGUUCUCAAAACUGUCAUAUCAGCUAUGCACCUGUUGUUUAAUGUAACUGUGAGAGAGGCGCUUGUUCACACGGGAAGCUCAGUCCCGUGUGAACCAAGGCUUAGCGUGAGAGCUUGCGGGCGGGGGUUGAAGGGGCCCUUUCGCUCCCCCUCCGCGAGCUGUCAUAUAAAGACGGAGAAAGACGGAAGUCGGGUCAGAGUCAGCUGCGGGUCUAGUGCACGGACGCCGAGCGGGUUGAUGGCUGCUCUGCCCCUGGACUGUUCCGGCUCUCCAGUCCUUUGUGUGUCGAGGUAAGAGUUAUCAAGCCUAGCCCCUGUGUAAUUGUUUGUUGCUCUGCCAUUUGCGGGGGAUAACCUGACACAGUUAUCCUAGCAAAGGGCAGUUGUGUG